GCUCCCUCACCGCAAAAAACAGCUAAUCUCGCUCAAUUGAUUUCACAGAGCUUGACCCAGCUUAUACCGUAUGGGGGUCUCUGGCUGCAGCAACAACAACGGCAAGACGCUGGUGCUCCUGGCCUGCUUCCUCCUCCUGCUGGCGUUUUCCCCGUUUCUGCAUGGAGUCGGGUGCUUCGCCGCCGCGGAAGCGACGAGUCCGGAGGAAGCCGCCGAGCAGACGCUGAUGGUUGGGAGCACGCCGGCGCUGGAGACGGCGGCGCCGCAGCAGCAUCGGCAUGGCCAGGGUUCGGGCGCGUCUGCCAUCUCGAGCAAUGCUGCCGGUGGUCUCUGGUCGGCCGAGCUCAAGCCGACCGUGGCUCGCAGGUUGCCGCCGGAAGGAGCUGUGGAUGGAGCCGGCCAUUCGUGCGGCUCCAGCGGUCGCCAGGGCUGCACCCCGUCCCCGUAAGAUAUAUCCAUGGCACUCUGCACUCUGCCGAUACUACUACUGUAUUCCUACCUUAGUUCGUCGUGGCUAAACACAAGUGCUGCUCCUACUAUAUAUGUUGGUUCCUUAACUAGCUAGCUAGGGUUUGGUUGUUGUUUGCCAAGUACGUAGCCAUCAUUCAGCAAAAAAAUGGAUGCCUACAUGUACUUUGUAUGAAUUGUAAAGUGUUUAAACAGUUGUAUAUAUCUUGUAAAUAUACUCCACUGGU